AUGUAUUUGGAAAGUAGUACUCCUUUUAAAGACACCCGCCUCACUAAAAACUCAACAACAUGUCUCUCUGUCAAUCGAUUGAUGUCGUCAGCUGAGUUUUUUUUAGCUGAACACUGCCCAACUAAAAGUCAAAGCGAUGACUUGAGGGAGGGUCGGCUUUGCCUCAGAAAGCCAUUUUCUGAGUUUUGCGAUCUUGUUAACAACAACAAAAGUAAUAGUAAUAUUACCUAUCUCAAAGAAAAAGAAGAAGUCAAUCAAAGCAAUAACAACGCAGCAAAACAACAACAACAACAACAACAAAAAAAAAUCGAUAACACGUUAAGACAACAACAACAACCUGACCUGAUCAUCAAAACAAGAAGAAAUAGAAAAUAUAGUAAAUCGACGAUUGGAGGAAUAGGAGUAUUUGAACAAUCAUCUAAAUUUUGUCCAUUGCAAUUGUACAGCGGUGGUGGUACUGGUAAUAAUAAUAGAGGAGCAGUCGAUGAAAAUAGUUUUGGUCUUGGUAAAUUGGUGGAUUUGUUGCCAGGUAAAGAGAUUCUAUUCAACACUAGAUACGUUAGAGAAUUGUUGGGUGUCGUCUCUGAAAAGACAAUCAAGGUUGACAUUCCAUUUAGAGCCUAUCCAAAGUUACAAACGGUUGACUUUAGACUUGAAGGUUGGUUUAGUUCAAACAUUAGAAAUUUAAAAUCAAAAUCUCAUCCAUCAUUUGAUACUAUAACAAUUGAAGAUAACAAAUUGACUUCUCUACAUAAAAUUGGAUCAAAGGAUUAUGAUAAAGUUCAACAAUAUUUGGUAGAUGUUGAAUUACAAGAUAUGAAGGUGGUUAGUGGAUGGUCAUCGAGUUCAUUGAAUCAUGAAGGAAAAUAUUUUACAGCGUCAAUGAUUACAUUCAACAUUGAUCCACAGGAAACACACUCUAUCAACAAUGUCCACAUUCAAUGGACAGCCGAAAAACAAAUCAAACUAGAAAGAAUCCAACCCAGCAACGGAGGAUUCAUUGUUUAUAACGUCGAAACUCAUACAACUGACCAGACAGUUGACACUCAUCAAAACACCAUUCCCAUAUCCUAUUCAACCCUUACUAACUCUAAUACCGCCGUCUCUUGCCAAUGUAACAUAAAACUUCAACCAACAAGUUCAUUAUUAAUUUAUAGAUUUUCAACUCUUUCAAAAUUAAAUAUAAUUCACAAUUACACAUCAAGUAAUGGUUGUAAUAAUGAAAAUAGUAAUAGUAGUAAAAAUGUAACUAUAAAAUCAACGACAACGGAUAAUAUGUCAUCUCUAUCAAUGUCAUUGCCAGAUUCUGGAACAUCACAAAUUACAUCAAGUUUGGAUUUAUUGUCAAAUAUUAGUAGUCAUCCUGGACGUGUGAAACCACCUGGAUUGCAGUCGUUUACGGCUCCACCGACAUUUGUAAAGGAUAUCCAGGCGAAUCCAAUCGCGGCAUUUGUCGCCAAUGCCAAACAGGGUCCGACCGCGUUGACGGGGCCAAAGCAGGUGCGUAGAGGUCCCCCGAUGCUGGGCGGCAGCGACAUUCGUCUGCAGCGUCUGGCUAGCUACAACAAGGUCAACAAUAUGUGGAAUCUGUCUGCGAGCGACUUUACCGAGCGCCACACCAUCGCCAUCGAAGAGCUCGAGGCUACGGCACUCGACCUCGCACUCAACCACGUGCGUGCCAACUGGUGGGGUAAGGGUCGACUCGGAUCGAUGCGCGAGAUUCAGGCGUUGCGUGGAGCAGUCGAGACGAUUGUCAAGAGCUCCAAGAUCGAUAUGACCUAUGUCGAGAUUCCAGUACAGCAAAAGAGUCAGAUCGAGACGGUCAUGAAUAGCAGCUCGCGCGAUCUCGGUCAACUACUCAAUGCACUCAAACCAAAGCCUGCGUCCGACAGCGCCGCCGGUGCCGAGACUGGGCAGUCGGGUGCGGUCGAGGAGCCACAACGCAAGGAAAAGGCAAUCGACGUCAUCAAGCUAAAGUGGGUGAUUGAGGAGAUGCUCGAUGGUGACAAGCAAGCAUUCCCACGUGACGAUGACGCACACAUUCGUCAGCAGUCGUGGUACCACGUCGACGCUGCAGAGACAAAGGGCGAGCGCGGUCAUAUGGAGGACAAGCAUAUCGUCAUUGAACAUGUAAAUAGAUUGUAUUCCGCGACCACAGACAAACAAGACACUGACAGUGAACAACUGUUUUUAGGUGUAUUUGACGGACACAAUGGAAAGUUGGCAGCCGAUUUUACAAAGACACACCUUCCAUACGAGAUAUAUAAAAGUAGAGCAGCCGACAAAUCAUUGCCAGCAUCAAUGAUUGCAUCGGGUAUUGUUAAAGACAUUGAGACUACGAUGGAGAGUGCAUACACUCAAGUGGAUCAAUCGUUUUUACAGUUGGCAGAUCGAGAUGAUAAAAAGGCUGGUAGUACAGUGGCCACUGUCAUUGCCAUGAAAGAUAAACUGGUAGUGUCCAAUGUUGGCGACACUGAAGUAGUCUUGUCAAGUGGAUCCAAAGCGAGUGCAUUGUCGACCAUGCAUCUGCCAACCAACGAAAUGGAAAGAGAACGUGUUGAAAAGGCUGGUGGUGUUAUUAUCCAAUGUGGUACACUACGUGUCAAUGGUGUAUUGGCCGUCACCAGAGCCAUGGGUGAUCGUAAUCUAAAGGAUGUCAUUACAUGUCUUCCCGACACUAAAAUACACCACCUCACACCCGCCGAUCAAUUCCUAGUCAUUGCUACCGACGGUCUUUGGGAUGUCAUGAAACAUCAAGAAGUGGUCGACUAUAUCAUCCAACAGAAUCAAGAAAAACAACCACAAAUCGCAGAUAGAUUAGUUGAAGAGGCUCUUAGAAGAAAUUCAAAGGAUAAUAUUACAGUUAUCAUUGUUUAUUUUAAAAAUAAUUAUCAACCUUUUAUAAAUCAAUAA